UGAGCUAGCUCACCUCACCUCACAGCUCAUGAGCUCAUACGUUCACCGUUCAGAUUUCUACUGAUACUGGAACUCGGGAGUGUCGUGUCAAUACUUGUUUACAUACACGGUAACGGCUAUUGUUUUUCAGCAGUACAAGUUGCAAAUUAAAUGUGAAUCAUAAUGAGACUAAACAUUCCGCAUAAUCGGACUUGUCUCUACUGAAUAAUAACAUUUUUUCUGGACUAUAGAAGAAAAUUUGUGGUCUAUGAAUAUUUUGUUCUCCAAUCGUUACAAUGGAAGUAAUCAGAUUUGCCUAAUCGUGUAUAUUUUAAUUUAAAUAUCAAAUCAAUUGUUCAGAGUAUAGAUCUAGUGUUUGUUCUAGAAGUGAAAUGUUUUUUUCAGUGCGUGAAAAUAUGGCUGAUAAAUCUAACAAACCUCCAACUCUAGUAGGCUUGAAACCAGUGCCUAUGAAGUUAUUUGCAACCUGGGAAGUGGACAGGACUCCACCAAAUUGUAUACCAAGGCUAUGCUCGCUGACGCUCUCACGGUUGGUUGUGUUCAAAGCACUUGGCUCAGACUUGGCUUCCAUUACGAUUGCUGUCAAAAUGCAGGGAUCUAAAAGAACCUUGCGCUCCAACGAAUUCGGGCUCCCUCCUAAUGGGCUUGAUAUCGAACUUCAACUUCAUUUCUCCCUACAAUAUCCUCAUUUUCUGAAAAGGGACGGGAACAAACUACAUGUGAUGCUACAGAGAAGAAAGCGAUAUAAAAAUCGCACUAUUCUCGGCUAUAAGACAUUAGCAGAAGGUGUUAUUAAUAUGUCUCAGGUGCUUCAAAGGCAGAUGGACUUGGAACUAGAUCUAGUCAGCGAUAUGAAGACUGAUGUGAAGGGCCAUAGCAAUAGUAACGUGGUUGCCAGGAUAAUAGUGCAGUCGCUCAACAGUCAGCCGGUCGACCACGAGGACUCGGCCAAGCACACUCCUCAUGCCGGUCGUGUGGCGGACUUUUCGGAUGAUGACGAGGAGUUCAGCAGCAACGAAGAGGGGGAGGGUGAGGCAGAGGUGGAGGGGUCUGACUCGGAACCCAUGCUGGAGGAGAGGCGAGCCAGGAAGACAAAAAUACCAGCCAAUGCCAGGCAAAGAAAUCUGAAACAGAAGUUCAUUUCUCUGCUGAAAAGGUUUAGAGUGAGUGAGGACCUGCAAGGAUUGGCUGCUGAUAGGGAAACCAUAGGAAGAAAACUAUCUGGUGGGGACAUGGACCCAGCCGACAUCGAAGAUCUGUUCGAAGAGUUGGAAGAUCUGAGUGAUUCGGGUCCCGAACUCGACACAAUGAGCAUCUCGUCGACCCCGAAGCCGUCUCUGAGGCCAUUCUUCGCCAGCAGUCGGUCGCUGCUGCAUGCCGACACUCUUAAUGUGCCUGGAAGGAAAUCGCAGAUUGGAUCUCUACACUGGCAGGCGCUGGCUACUCCGCCCUCUCUCUCUCUCAACACAGCUGAGAGAGGCUUGGAAAGGUUGAGUGACGAGAGCUCCAAGAAGGCCGACUCUGACUCGCAUCCAGAGAACUGGACUGACAGUGAUCCCCCUCCCCCUCCUGCCUCACCGCCCAAGAACUCUGACGACAAAAAGGAAGCUUGUGAGCGAGACCGCAAGAGCCGACUGUUCAACCGGGACCGGAACUCGUCGACGGGAGGCAAGUCCAAGAAGCAGCAUCAUGACAAGCAGUCGGGAGACAAGCAGCAGCAGCAGCAGGCGCAUGCGCAAACACCCUCCAACCUGCAUGUGCAUGGAGACCCCGCUGCUAGUGAGCCUCGGAAGGUGCUGCUAGAGCAGCUGGCUCGAGUACUGCCGGCCGAGGACUUUGUGCCGGACCAGCUGUGUCUGGUGAACACCGGCGACCCCCUUGGCGCACUGCUCGCCUCCCGCCUCCAGGACCGCCAGCUCAAGGUCAUCUGCACGGCCAGCACAGCUGAUGUGCGCGCCACCAUCGCAUCGCUCGUCAACAAAAUACAAAAGUUUUGUAAUAGCAAUCCUAAGCCUCCGGCACAAAUCAAGCUGCUGGUCGCUGGCUCCGACAGCUUCGUGAACUGUGUGCUGCGGUAUUACGUCGAACAGUUGUCAUCAAAGCCACCCGAUUGGCAGACCUACAUUCGUUUUCUAGUCGUACCUUUAGGUAAUAACACGCUGUGCCGCUACUUGGGCAGCUUGGACGGAGUGUACAACGCGACGUUUGCGUCGGAGAGCUGGCGGGAGAUUGUGGAGAGGGGGGACAGUGGGGAGGCCGUCAACCGGAUACAGCGCUACGUGACGCAGGCAACCAGUUCGGCCACUGUGCAUCUACCCAUUGCCGAGGCCAUGCUCGCCUACCGCGAGAAGAGCUCCGAUGAUGAAUCCUCUCAAAUAUUCAUCCCAUUCAUGAACGAUGUUAGGUUAGGUUCUCCGGAAGGGUCAGCUUCAGCGUCGGUGGACUUUGAGGAGGGAGCAGUACCGAUGAUCUCCGGCUCUCCCCCCUCCAGCAUGCAGACUCCAGGCGAGAAGAAAGUCACUCCGCCAAGUUCACCCAACAUGAGCACCAUGAUGAUAGGGCAAAGCAUGACUUUGCGGGAGUUGUGCGAGCCGCUGGAGCUGCAGCUGGACUAUUGGCUGGUGCCGGGCAGCGAGGGUGGCGGGGGUACAGGGGGCGCGGGAGGUGGCGGGGGCGGCAGCACAGGUGGCGGAGGGGGCAAGGGAGGCACCAAGUCCACACUGAAGUCCACGUUCCGGUCGCUGCAGGUCGCGCGACUCUCGCUCUCCGGCGAACAGCCCUCGCCCCACUUCACCAUCAGCUAUUCCACCAAAGAGAAGAAGCAGAAGAUAAUGAGGCUUGGCAAGAAGAAAGAGAAGGAAAAGGACAACGAACCAAAGAACCAGGUUGUGGAGGGCGUGUCAAGACUCAUCUGCUCUCCCAAAACACAAAACAUUCCUCUCAAAUUGUGCAUCGAUGGAACAGAGUGGACCGGUGUGAAGUUCUUCCAGCUGUCGGCGCAUUGGCAGACGCACGUGCGCUGCUUCCCAGUGUCGCUGUUCACUGUGCCUGACAGCACGCAGCUCUAAUCACUGCUCAAUUGCGUUGCGCUGCGCGCCUCCAUUACUCUUGUCACUCGUCUAUAAUAAAGCUUAUAACCAUCGUUCUUGCAAUAUUCAUUCAUCAAUGUUGGAUUAUCUCCACUAAAACAUCACCUGCUCUACAAGAGCUGAUGAACACAUAUUAAACUUUGUCAAUUUAAUUGUAUGUAAAUUUUACAUCUAUUUGUAUCGGUUAGUUGAUUUUUUAGAAGAGUUUUUGUGUAGUUAGUGUAUUGAAUAUUAUCAAGUAUUUAUAUCCAAUGUAUAAUUAAUAAUACUAAAGUAUUAUAAUUGUAAUUGUCGCAAUAUUUUUGUGAGUAAGCUAUUAUGGCCUGUUUGUAGGCAGCUCUAAUAAAUUGAUAUGGAACGAUUGCUAGGUACCCAGGGUUACCGUGGUAGUAUUUGAAUGUGCAUUGCCCUACUAGUUAUAGGUACUGAGUGAAGAAUUUUGAAUAUUUCUCUGGUCAUUUUAAAUUUCUUUGACAUGAUUUUCUUAUUUUAAAAUAACAUUUGAACUUUCAAUUAUCCAAGAUUCAAAGAUUGAAUCCAUUACACACAUUUUUUCUGUGUGGUACUGUGGUUAGAUGAUCUCUCAUGGAAAUCCAUGUCAAGGGUCAAUUCAUCAACAUCUACAUGAUUUAAUAUAGUUUUUCAUCAAGUAUAAUAUAUAAAAGCAUACAGGUGUAUGCUUUUUCUAUGAUAGUAGUUGGCUUUUGAGAAACUCUGUUUCGCAUUUUCUUGAUUAUGGUCCAUAUUUUUUGUAUUUGUGAUCGUUUGUAUGUGAUAAUUUAAGAUGAACCGGAACUAUAGUGAUAGAAUUAUUUUAUGAAGUAAUUUUCAGUUGUAGGUUACUGUAUCGCAAUAUUUAGUUACAAAGAUGUGAACUAAUCACAGAAUAUUAUCUAUUUUUACUUAUUUCUCUCAUAGUGCUAACUUUUAUUGACUGCACAGCAUACAGGAAACUUUUUGAAAAUCCAUUUACUCCACUUAAUAUCUCGUUCAGAUGUAUUCUGCUAUUACAUCAGAAAAUGAUCUUUCAAUAACUUAGUAAAUAAAAUGAUAUUGUUUUAUUCUCCAUUGGAUAUUAUUGUAUAACCGGACUUGAGCAGCAGAGAAGUUGUUAUAGAGAGCCAAAAUUUCAGUGUCAUAGCUCAUGUCAAAUUGAAAGUUUUCGUAGAAGUGGAAGUUCACCCAGAAGUCAAUGUGAAGCCACCCACAUUCAAGAUUUAAUUGACAAAUUAUUCACCUAUUUUCCUAAAUGACAUUUUCUUCAAUUAUUGGAAUUAUACUACUCUACUUUGACAAGCCAAGUCCGUGAAAUGUAUCACGAAUUACUACUUAUUACUACUAUUUCGUACAAAUUACAAACAAGCACAAACUACUAAAUACACUUUUAGUAAUAAGUUGAAUACUGAAAAUUUCAAUAUUAAUCUAAAAUCCAAAAUUAAUUCUUGAAAAAGGUGAUCGGUAUUCUAUUCGAAUCAUAUCAUACUUAAUUUUAUCUUACUAGAUGAAUUUCUUCAAUGCUCAAUAAUGGUAUUCUGGAAUUUGCUUUUUGUAGAAUAUUUUUUAAAAUUUCUACAUUUUCUAGCUUUUCAACUGAACAAUGCUGUAGACAAAUUAUUAUAGGGCUUAUGUUAGUGCUAGUUAAAAUUGCAAUAUUUUUUCAAAUCGAAUUGAAGUAGUGGGCCAUUAUUAUUCUUCUUCGAUAAAAUCAAUUAUUAUAAUUAACAUUAGAGAUGUUUAAAUUUGAAAAGUUUCAACAUCGAAUCAUACCUAAUUUAUUAUAAAAUGUUUGAAAAUGCCUGCGGAAUGAAAUACGUUCUGUUUUACUAUGAUAUUCGAUUUUAAUUAAAAUUUAAUUAAGUAGAUAUUGUAGUGUAAGUGUAAUCGAAGCAUAUAAAUUAUGUGAAUCAUAUUCUGUGAUGUAAAAAUAUGAACAAGUUAAUCUGAAUGUUUGAAUUUUAAUAUUUAUAAAAGUAUUUAUUGUUCUAAAGUGGAAUGUUAGUUUUUGUUUAUUAGUCGUAUUCUAAUUUUAUAUAUCUUUAUAAGUACCAGUAGGUAUAAUAUUAAGUUUGAUUGAUGAAUAAUUUAUACGCCAAAGAAUUCAGACAUAAUGAGAAAGCUGCUGAUUUUGUAUUAAAUAUUUGUAUGGAUUGACUGCUUAAGUAUA